UCGGCAGCAGUUUGUACAGUUUGGGUUGAUUUCAUGGUUCUGAUUUGGUGUAGAUAAGUUAAGGUGUGCGGAUGGUUCCGAAGCGGAACCAAUGUUUAAUGUGUCGUUUCAUUCCGGGACUUUCUAUGGUGACACGCAGCACUCUGUGUAAGGCAGCAUGCUUCUUUUUGCUGUUAGUUGAUGGAGAGGUUUCGGUGAGGCAUUAAGGCUCGUGUAGCUGAUUGCAAGAAGACGUUACACGGAGUUUUUUUGUAUUAACCCUUCCAGGUUGAAGCGGCCAAUGAGUUCUCACGGCAUAGUUAUUAAACGCCAGUAACAAAGAAGAACGCCUUGUGUCCGUUUUCUGCUUGGAGGGAGUUACAGUGAGAACUCAGUCUGCUCGACAUGAGGUGGCGAGACGAGGAACUGUGCCUUUCAGUCGCUGAGCAGGGGAGGAUUCGUCGCACUCUAGCAUCACGCAGAUAAGAUUGUGCAACACCAGAAACUGAAGCAGCAAGCGCUUUCAAGUUUACAUUGAUGUUCCAACAAGUGAUACAUUUAAAAUAAGUUAAAUGUUAGUAAGUGGAUCAACUUUGUUUUAAGGAGACACUGCAAGUGUUAAAAUUAAGUAAUCUGGUGUUCUGCACAAUUCUGUUUAAGUUCAAGGUUUUAUCUAAGUUUUUGUAAACAACCAUUUUACAUAUUUCUGUCAUUUAGAUGCUAAAAGUGUUGGAUAAGUAAGUGCUCAGUUUUUGAGUUGGUUAUUGUUAAGUCAUUAGUUUUGUAAAGCUAUAGCUAUAAGUUACCAAGUAAUAAGUAAACAUUGCAUAAUGGAGCAAAUGACUGACAAUGAAACUAAUAAGGGCGACUUAUUUAAAGACAGUAAUGGCGCAACUCUACAGCAGUCAUCUGAACCGGAAGAGGAGCCAAGAAGAAGCCAAAGGACUAGAAAGCUUACUGAAAGGGCUCAAGAACUGCAUGAUACUAAAUCAAAAAAACUGCAAGAUCGUUUUACCAAUACUUACGAUAAAUGGAAAGUGAUGGCAAAGCAAGCUAAAAGGGUGAUAAAUGGAACUCCAUCUUCUGAUGUUGUGCAGGAAUUGAUGAGUAAGAUAAGUUGUGCAUCUGCAGAUGUGAAGCACAGUUAUGAAGAACUGCGCAAAUGUGUUCUUCCAGGUAAUGAGAUCCGUCGCAGAGUAGACACCUGUGAUGCUGUAUCUGAAAUAAUCUUGAAAAAUGCAUCCACUUAUCUUCACAACAAGGGAGACCAUGAUGAUCAGACAAAGGAUGUUGUCUGGCCUGAGUCUGGUUCUGUGUUUCUAUCUUCAGUCUCUAAUACUACAAGUAAAGGUUCUCGAAGUUUAAACUCUGCUAGCAGUUCAAGUAUGAAGUCCAAACAGUCGAGCCUUUCCUCUAUUAGAAGACAGGAGGCUGCUGCAGAGCUAGCUGCUACACAGGCUGCUUUAAAGGUUCUGCAAAAAAUAGAAAGUGAACAGCAGGAACUUGAAAAUCUUGAAGAAGAAGAUAGAAGGAAGAUGGCAUUACAAGAGGAAGAAAAUGUGGCAAGAAAGAAAGCACUGGAAGAAAAACGCAGACAAAUAGAACGUCUACAGACUGUUAAGAAGUUGAGUGCGGCAAAGGCACGGCUGCAAGUUUAUGAACAAGAAGCAAGUUCAGAUGAAGAAGUUGCAGAGUUACUUCAUAACCAGGCAGUUGAACGACGUCGAUCUUCUGGAGCUAAAAGAAGUUCUUAUGAACAUACACCCCAAGCAGCCAGUGCCACAGCUCUUGCUGAAGCAAUAGCAGAGUCUAUUAAUGUGAGCCGUCUCCCAGUACCUGAACCUUCUGUUUUUACUGGAGACCCACUAAGAUACAAGGACUGGAAGAUGUCAUUUCAAACACUAAUAGGUAGGAAAAACAUCCCUGUAAAUGAAAGAGUUUAUUACCUUCGUAAAUACGUUGGUGGAUCUGCAAGAAAAGCCAUUGAAAGUUAUUUCUUAUUAGGAACCGAUGCAGCUUAUGAUUCAGCAUGGGUUAUCCUGGAAGAAAGAUUUGGAAGCUCCUUUGUGAUAGCUAAAGCUUUCAAAGAUAAGCUUGCAUCGUGGCCUAAAAUAGGACCCAGAGACAGUGUUGAACUGAGGGAUUUUUCAGACUUUCUUAGGGGUUGCCAGGCUGCAAUGUCCCAAAUUAAAAGUCUAGAAGUACUGAACACCUGUGAUGAAAAUCAAAAACUUCUCACAAAGCUUCCUGAUUGGUUAGUUGCUAGUUGGAACAGAAAGGUGAUUGAGCUCGAAGAAAUUUGCAAUAAUUUUCCUACAUUCAGUCAGUUUGUGGAGUUCAUCACAAGGGAAGCAAAAAUAGCUUGCAGUCCAGACAAGUUGGCAUAA